AUGAAGAAGCUCCAGGAAGCUCAGCUCCGAAAGCCCGUCACUCCAGACCUGCUGAUGACCCCCAGUGACCAGGGUGACGUAGACCUGGAUGUGGACUUUGCCGCAGACCGGGGGAACUGGACAGGCAAACUGGACUUCCUGCUGUCCUGCAUUGGCUACUGUGUGGGCCUGGGGAACGUCUGGCGUUUCCCCUAUAGAGCCUACACCAACGGAGGAGGUGCCUUCCUUGUGCCCUACUUCCUCAUGCUGGCCAUCUGCGGCAUCCCUCUCUUCUUCCUCGAGCUCUCUCUGGGCCAGUUCUCCAGCCUGGGACCCCUGGCCGUCUGGAAAAUCAGCCCCCUUUUCAAAGGUGCCGGCGCGGCCAUGCUGCUCAUUGUGGGCCUGGUGGCCAUCUACUACAAUAUGAUCAUCGCCUACGUCCUCUUCUACCUCUUCGCCUCCCUCACCAGCGACCUGCCCUGGGAGCACUGUGGCAACUGGUGGAACACAGACCUCUGCCUUGAGCACAGAGGCUCCAAGGAUGGCAACGGGGCCCUGCCCCUCAACCUCACCAGCACCGUCAGCCCCAGCGAGGAGUACUGGAGCCGCUACGUUCUCCACAUCCAAGGCAGCCAGGGCAUCGGCAGCCCCGGGGGGAUCCGCUGGAACCUCUGCCUCUGCCUGCUGCUCGCCUGGGUCAUCGUGUUCCUCUGUAUCCUCAAGGGUGUGAAGUCCUCAGGCAAGGUGGUGUAUUUCACGGCCACGUUCCCCUACCUCAUUCUGGUCAUGCUGCUGAUCCGCGGAGUCACUCUCCCAGGGGCCUGGAAGGGCAUCCAGUUCUAUCUCACCCCCCAGUUCCACUACCUGUUGUCUUCCAAGGUGUGGAUCGAAGCUGCCCUUCAGAUCUUCUACUCCCUGGGUGUGGGCUUCGGGGGUCUCCUCACCUUUGCCUCCUAUAACACGUUUCACCAGAACAUCUAUCGAGACACCUUCAUCGUCACUCUGGGCAACGCCAUCACCAGCAUCCUGGCCGGCUUCGCCAUCUUCUCCGUGCUGGGCUACAUGUCUCAGGAGCUGGAUGUGCCUGUGGACCAAGUUGCCAAAGCAGGCCCCGGCCUGGCCUUUGUCGUCUACCCACAGGCCAUGACCAUGCUGCCUCUGUCGCCCUUCUGGUCCUUUCUCUUCUUCUUCAUGCUGCUGACUCUCGGUUUGGACAGUCAGUUUGCCUUUCUGGAGACCAUUGUGACAGCUGUGACGGAUGAGUUCCCCUACUACCUGCGACCCAAGAAGGUCGUGUUCUCAGGGCUCAUCUGCGUGGCCAUGUACCUGAUGGGGCUGGUCCUCACCACUGACGUGAGUGGCUUUGGGGACAGGUGGCUGGUGGGCGAGGCUGGGAGGACACUCUGGCAGUGUCUGUGGCCAGGCUGCGUGGCUGGUGGACGGGGUGCAGGCAUCCAGAGGUUCUGCCGGGACAUCCAUAUGAUGCUGGGCUUCAAGCCGGGCCUCUACUUCAGGGCCUGCUGGCUGUUCCUGACCCCGGCCACCCUCCUGGCCCUGCUGGUGUAUAGCAUCGUCAAGUACCAGCCCUCCGAGUACGGCAGCUACCGCUUCCCAGCCUGGGCGGAGCUGCUGGGCAUCCUGAUGGGCCUGCUGUCCUGCCUCCUGAUCCCAGCCGGCAUGGUGGUGGCUGUGCUUCGAGAGGAGGGCUCGCUCUGGGAGAGGCUCCAGCAGGCCAGCCGGCCGGCCAUGGACUGGGGCCCGUCGUUGGAGGAGAACCGGACAGGCAUGUACGUGGCCACGCUGCCAGGCAGCCAGUCGCCCAAGCCGCUGAUGGUGCACAUGCGCAAGUACGGGGGCAUCACCAGCUUCGAGAACACCGCCAUCGAGGUGGACCGAGAGAUUGCCGAGGAGGAGGAGUCCAUCAUGUGA